AUGUCAGACCGACAGAGGAUAAUAAUUAAAGUUUUCCGAAAGUUCAGCAAUUCUCUAGGACCCGAGGUUAUCCAAUUUUUGGAGUCCAUUAUCGAGCAACACGAUAUCCCAGACGAGGAUGUUGAGACAAGUAUUGAUCUCAUAGCGAAAGAAUAUAACAAGGAAGACGAUGCUACAAUGAAAGUGUCGCUGGAUGUGCUUCAGAGGGUGUACGAAAGCUUGCAGGAUCGCGGUGAAGACAACCAAGUAGAACAUGAAUUCAUCGACCCGGACAAUCAUCUAUUCGUCAUUGACGCAUAUGAUAUGCCGCGUUGGGUGUGGUCACAAGAAAGAGUUCACUUCCAUGUUGAUUCUCAAUGGAUUCUUUUACUUAGGAUAUCCACGUCCCUGUCGUCUGCGGGGACACCUGAAUCGAGGAUAGCGUCUAUGAGGGAUCGACUGCACAUAAUCAAGCAAUGUGUUCUGCGGAACGAACAUUUUGCCCCGUCUACCCUUCCAGCCCAUGAUCGGGAGCGUUUGGUCACACUGAGAUCAACAAAACAAUUGCUUGGUCGAGCAGGAGAGCGCUUCUUAUUAUUGGGACUUCUUGCCCAUAAUAAAGAAGGCAAAGUGUGCUUGGAAGAUUCGGAUGGUCGUGUAGAGCUGGAUUUCUCGAGAUUGGAUGAGCCUGGCGAUGGGUUCUUCACGGAUGGAUGCUUCGCUCUCGUGGAAGGGGAGUAUACGGAGGAGGGUACACUCGAGAUCAUCGCCAUUGGCCAACCACCUUGCGAACCCAGGGAGACAUCCAGAUCCAUUUAUGGUCACAUUGACUUCCUAGGAAAAGGCGCAACAUCACUGCUGGAAGAUAGGCAAUACGCUUUACGCGUCAAGCAGGAGUUGGCCGACUUACAUUUCUUCUUCUUUUCGGACGUUUGGCUCGACCAUCCGCAGACACUGCCUGGCCUCCAGAAAAUAUUUGAUAACUGCAUCGAAAAUGAUUUCGUUCCCAAGCUUAUCGUCAUGUGCGGAAACUUCACGAGCAAAACUAUCGCACAUGGAAAUGCCCGCGAUAUACAACGGUAUCAAGAUAAUUUUGAUGCCCUGGGCGAUUUGAUUUCUUCCUACCACAACAUUGCACACAGCACACAUAUCGUCUUUGUCCCUGGUCCACUGGACAUCACCGUCAACUCGGUCCUUCCAAAAAGGCCUAUCCUCGCCGCGUUUGUGAACAGGCUUAAGUCGAAGUUCCCAAAGGCGCACUUUGCAACCAACCCAUGUCGAAUCAAAUUCUUCAACCAAGAGCUGGUCAUCUUCAGGGAAGACCUUAUGGCCAAAAUGCUGAGGAACAUCAUCGGGGUCAAGGCAGACGUGAAAAGCGAAGAUCUCAAGCGAUUCACCAUCUUAGACCAAACGCAUCUCUCGCCUCUCUCACUACAUAUACAACCGACUCUGUCGGAUUAUGACCAUGCGAUGCGUCUCUAUCCACUUCCCACCGUGCUAGUCCUGGCCGACAAGUACGAUCGUUUCAAGAUGACCUACACAGGUUGUCAUGUCUUUAACCCGGGUAGUUUCGUGGGGAAAACACUUUCCUGGUCGGCAUAUAAACCCUCAGAAAUUAAUUCUGAAGAAUGCACUUUGGAACUGGAAAGCGAUGAUUCGUGA